UCAAUCUUGUUUUGUUACCUCACGUAGAAUUUAGAAACAACUGUUUAGAAGAAAGGAGUAGGUGUGAAACGGUGAAUAUACACGCACGUAAGUUAAACGCGCCGUCGGCUAACAGCAGCCGAGGACUCAAUGAGACUGUCAAUAAAUUUUUGUUUGGUUUCCUUACCAUUAAUAUCCAUCCUAAAAAAGCUUAUACUAGUUUUUAUGUACAACUUCAAAAUUAGGCUGAAACAAGAGAGCUCACAUCUGGAUUCUUUUUCUUUUUGUGUUCUUUACAAAGAAUCAAACAAAUGGAGUCAUCAUCAACGCUGCUCAAAAGCUUAAACCAGAGAAAGUCACCAUCGUCUCCGGCAAGGAAACCACCAAGGCAAAAGAGGAAGACAGCGACGACCACGAGCAAUAACAAACCCAUCAAAGUCCGUUACAUAUCAAACCCGAUGAGAGUGGAGACGUGUGCUUCUAAGUUCAGAGAGCUCGUUCAAGAACUGACCGGUCAAAACGCCGCCGAUCUACCUCCGGGGCCCACCACUUUCGCCGCCGCAGAUCCUCACCAGGAGGAGAUGAAUCCUGAGCCGUUGGAUGAAGGGAUUUGUGAGUAUUACUCACCGAUGGAUGAUGAAGUGUUUAAUGCUCCGCAAAUGUCGGCAGGUCUGUCUGCGUUUUUCUCGUCUGGGUUUUACAACGUGAAUGCAUUAGAAAGCAUUGGUUCUCUCUGAAAAUCUUAUGUGUUUUUUUAAAUAAAAAGUAACACAGAUCUGUGUUCAAAAAAAAAAAAAAAAAUGGAACACAGAUCAGAAGAAGAAAUCAUCUUAGGGUUUCCUGGAUACCGACAUAUGUAUUUCUGUUUUUUUUUACAAAAAAAACAUGUAUUCUGUUUUUUCUUGUG